AUGGACAGGCCUGUCAGGAAUAAGAAAUCGGUUGAUUACUCCCAGUUUUUAGAUCUAGAAAAUGAUGAUGAAGAUUUUGCAUCCUCCGUGCCUUCAAGUAAAAAAUCUCGGGUGGAGACAAAAAAAGAAAAGAAAGAAAAACCCACAAAAAAACCUAUAGAUGAGACAUCAUCACCAAAGAAUUCACAGGGUAAAAGGUUACCUUUGGAUGAAAAAAUUUACAAGAGAGAUCUGGAAGUCGCUUUGGCUUUGUCUGUGCAGGAAACAUCAGUCAUCAUAGAAAAUGAUGAAAAUACUUCCAGAUCUGUGUCUCCUGCCUUCUUUCCUGGGGAGAGCAAAGAUCCAGAAGUGUCUUUCUCAAACUGCAGCGUAGACAGCGAUGUUCUGGGACUUGAUGAGAUCACAGAGAGCAACGAAGAACCAGUUAAUGGCAGGAGCCGCAGGCAAGCUGCAUCUAAGGCUAUUACAGAGCAGAGAAAACUCCUGAAAGAUGAGAGCAGCAGUGAAGAUGAUGCAGAUGAAUUUAAACCAGACACUGCAGUUUAUGGGGACUCUGAUAGCGAUGAGAGUUACAGUGGUGACGAUGAAGAAUUUGAAGUGAAGAAAUCCAAAAAAGCAGCAACAAGCAAAGUUCCAAAAGCCAAGAAUGAGAAGAAAGGAAAAAGCAACCCAAAGGCCCGGAGAAAAGAUGGUGACUCUGAGAACGACAGCAGUUUUAGUUGCGAUGAGGAGUUUGAAGUUAAGAAAUCUAAAAAGACGACAGAAAGCAAGUGUCCGAAAACCAAGAAUGCAAAGAAAGAAAACGCCUCGUUGUCCAAGGCAGCCUCAAUUCCAUCUCCUGCUUCUGUGUCCAUUAAAAUAAAGCCAAUGACAGCCAAGCAUACAUCAUCCUCAUCCCCAGCCCUCGCAAAACCAACUGGACACAGCAGCCACUCUGUAGGAAUGAAAAGACCGGCAUGGAGUCCUCCAGCUUCUUCGGGAAGUGUAGGAAGCCCACUGACUGGGGUAACUGUGCGGUCACCUAACCAAGGACUGCGUCUCGGCCUGUCAAGAUUGGCAAGAGUCAAGCCGUUGCAUCCAGCUCCCGUCCAUCACUAA